GUACCAGAGCAACUACAACAGCAAAGAUAUCAGGAGCCGGAUUUGAGACUUUCUCCUGAACCCUACGAAAGUAUUUCCUCAACUUUCAUCUGUUUGGAUCUCCCUAUUUGUUUUCUUUUUUUUGGGGGGAGAAAAAUGAUGUUUACUACUUUCAACACGGAGUGCGAUUCCUCCUCUCGCUGCAGCACCGCUUCUCCGUCCGGGGACAAUCUGGGAUAUUACCCGUCACCAGCGGGAUCUUACUCCAGCAUGGGAUCUCCCCAGUCUCAGGAUUUCACUGACCUGACAGCAUCAAGUGCCUCCUUCAUCCCCACCGUCACAGCUAUUUCGACAAGCCCAGAUCUGCAGUGGAUGGUCCAGCCUUUGAUCUCCUCAGUGGCCCCUUCUCACAGAGCUCCCCCCUACAGCCCCAGCCCUGCAUACUCCAGACCAGGCAUGAGGUCUUCAUUCAGGGCGCAUAACUCUAAUAAGAGGGGCAGAAUGGAACAGGUGACACCUGAGGAGGAAGAGAAGAAAAAAGUUCGCAGAGAGAGAAACAAGCAGGCAGCAGCAAAAUGCCGCAACAGGAGGAGAGAGCUCACAGACACUCUGCAAGCUGAAACAGAUGAGCUAGAGGAUGAGAAGUCCAUCCUGCAGAAUGAUAUUGCUAAUCUUCUAAAGGAGAAGGAGAGGCUCGAGUUCAUACUGGCUGCCCAUCAACCCAUUUGCAAAAUCCCCUCAGAGCUGGACACUGACUUCUCCAUGGUGUCCAUUUCAUCUUCCCACCCCUGCCUCUCCACCGCCGUGUCCUCCCAGACACAGAUCACCAUCCCAAAGUCAACCACUAUCACUUCCAGCCUGCCAACAUUCACUUCAACCUCCAACUCCAUCUUCUCCAGCAUCAGCAGCAGCAACAGCUCCAUCCUCUCCACCGCCACCAUCUCCUCCAGCAGCGUGGUCAAGAUGACAGACCUGGACUCCUCCGUCCUGGAGGAGUCUCUGGAUCUGCUGGCAAAGACGGAGAUGGAGACGGCGCGGUCAGUUCCGGAGGUUGACCUGUCCAACUCCCUCUACACAACUCAGGACUGGGAGCCCCUUCACGCCUCAGCCAACACCAGUGACUUUGAGCCCCUGUGCACACCUGUGGUGACCUGCACACCAGCCGGCACCACCUACACAUCUUCUUUUAUGUUUACCUUCCCAGAAGCAGACACCUUCCCCUCUUGUGGCACCGCCCACAGGAGAGGAAGCAGCAGCAACGACCAGUCCUCUGAUUCCCUCAGCUCCCCAACCCUGCUGGCCCUUUAAAGACUCUUCCAACAACAAUAGUACUUCCUAUUAAGCACAUUUUCUUGAUGUAUGAAAUAACUGUGCAGAUCACAGGGCUAGUGAAUGGAGAUUUACCAGGAAGCAAAUUAUUUAUGAUUUAAUUUGCCUUUAUCUAUACUUGCCUAUUACACCGAUGUAGCAAGUUUAAAAAAAGCAUGUUUCAACUAAUACCACCUAGUCGUUUUAUGAGUUCAUAUAUGAUUUAAUGGUGCUAGAUAAACAAAACUUGUUGUAGUGUUGAUGUGUUCAGAGCAAUAGUUAUUAUCGAUCCAGUUUGUUUUUCUGGCUAAAUGGAAUGUGAGAGUAAUUGUGAACUGUUUGUGAAACAAAAAAAACAACAACUUUAAACUGACGUGCUUUGUCUUAACCAUGAUGGUCUGAGUGGUCUAUGAAGUUUUCUGUGAAAACAUAAGUGGUUUUAAUUUAUGAAAUUCCA